AGCGAAGUCUGCAUUUUGCUACAUCGCUGAAUUCACUCUGACAGGUACAAGCUUUUCACCACUUUUUACUGUUUCUUUCCUCACCUGCUGCUACAACUCGUUCAUCCACGUCAGACGCGGAAAUUUUUUAUCCGAAACACACCAACUCUCAAAAUAGAAAACAUGUCGUCACGGAUUCACGUCGCCGCUACCGCCAUUGCGAAGGCGCUGUCGAGCACCGCCGACGACGAUGACGCCAAACAGCAGCUCCUCUCCGGCUCCCAGUUUUUUCUGCUGUGCUUCCUCGUGGCGGUUUCCUAUUACGUUUCUCUUUUCAUCUCUGCCCACGCUGCAGGGGAGUCGGUGGCGUCGCUUGGUGCGCCGGUCGCCGCAGCCUCUAGGAUGCUGUCGGAUGUCGGCACCACGAUCAUGCGCAGCAUUAACCGCCGUCGCAACAACACGCAGCCCGGUGCGGUAUCCUACGAAGAGGUGGACGAAAACGACGACCUUUUUCUUGGCGUCAACCAGCCGGCUGCUGGUGCGCAAUCCUAA